AAUACCCCAUCAGCCAUGCCCCGCAACAAAAAAGCCCGAGGCCCUCCAUCCCGCGCCCAUGGCCCGUCUAAACCCGCUCCCAAGAAAACCUCGCAGAAUGACCGGGCCCACGACGCGAGCAAAAAGGUCCCAUCGAACCAGCGACCUAUUGUUCCGUUUCUCAGGGGAGAUCGCAUUCUAUUGAUUGGUGAAGGCGAUUUCUCCUUCGCCCGCUCCCUGGCCACCCAGUACCGAUGCCGCAAGCUAUGUGCCACCUGCUACGACUCGCAGGAAGCACUGUAUGAAAAGUAUCCACAGGCAGAACAGAAUAUCCAAGAAAUCCAGCAAGCCUCCCGACCAAAACACAACGCCCAAGAUCAAAACCACGAGACGGAACCAACCAAGCAAAAAGACCAAGAAGAAAAAGAAGAAUCUAACCCAGGCCACCGGGCCCGCCCCAGUCCCAAAGUGCUGUUCUCCGUCGACGCGCGCAAGCUCGGCACCCCCGCCGGCGGAGGCAAAGACGUGCGCACGGGGUUCCCACGGCGUGAGCGCAAGCGGCCCGCAUGGCAGAUGACGCAGCAACAGCAGCGGUCCUCGGCAUCAGACCCAUCAUCAGCAGACACCAAGAAGCGGCCACAGGGCGGGCCGUGGGACGUGAUCUGCUUCAAUUUCCCGCAUGUGGGCGGGCUCUCGACAGAUGUGAACCGGCAGGUUCGCGCGAACCAGGAGCUGCUCGUGGCGUUUUUCAAGGCGUGCGUGCCGCUGGUGUCGGUGGCGCCGGAUCGCCCCGCCGACGACGAGGACGAUGCUGAGUGGGCGGAUGAGGGGACCGACUCGGAUGAGUUCACGGAUGAUGAUGACGACGCCGAACCCGAGGGCAAUGCCGACGGGGAGGAGCAUGUCCUGACUUCCGGUAAGGCCCGGCGGACUGGUCCCGGCCAGAUCCUCGUGACGCUCUUCGAGGCUGAGCCCUACACGCUUUGGAAUGUUAAGGAUCUGGCGCGCCAUGCUGGACUGAAAGUUGUCACUAGCUUUCGGUUUCCGUGGUCGUCGUACCAGGGUUAUUCUCAUGCGCGGACGCUGGGCGAGGUCGAGGGGAAGAAUGGCGGGCGUGGAGGCUGGCGUGGGGAAGACCGCGAGGCGAGGAUGUAUGUCUUUGAGGUGAAGCGCGAGGAGGCUACGCAGGUCGGGAAGAAGAAGAAGAGAGCCCCGGAUGAUUCCAGUGACAGCGAGUAA